GGGCGACCCGAUAAGGCAAGCGUAGGGUAACGGCGUUGUGGAUGCUGUUGGUUGAACUUUGCAGUCGCAUGUCAGCUCAGUCAACGACUUUUUACUUUUUUAACUUCUGCGUUGGAGCGGGAAUGCCUCUGCGCGACCCGAUUUUUGACUUCUAUACCCUUUGAUGCGUUCUUUCCCUCCCACUGACGAAUUGACGAUCGAGACGAAUGAGAUACGUUAGUUAUGCUAUCGUAGUCCACGCGAAGAGCCUCCCUACCUACCCCUUGCCGUUUUGCCGAGCGGGCCGGCCAGGCCGAGUCCUCGCGUUCCCGAUCCGCCUCCGACGCGUUUUUCUACCUGGUACCACGGGAAGCCUGGGAGUUAGCAUCGAAGGAAAAGGACACUGGGAAACAAGGGGCUGGAAACACAGAGAGUCAAGAUGCCGAACAACCCGACGCACAUGCUCAAGCUCGGCUUGCAGCGGAUCACAGCCUACAUCGACAAGCUGCCGAUUUUUACGAAGGCUAUAAUGAGUUUGAUGAUCGUCCUUGAAGCUGCCAGCCUUUUGCCGUGGUGGAAUAUUAAGGCUUGGGGUUGGCUAGAGCCGGAUCUUAUCAACCUGUCGACAUUGUAUCGAACCAAUACCUUCCCGCUCAUCCACAGGAACGUGUUUCACCUCGCCAUUAAUUUCUUGGGCGUCGUCCCGCUUCUGGAGCGAUUCGAGAUGGAACAUGGCUCGCUCCCGUCGGUAGCGCUGUUCUUUGGUCCAUUAUCGACGAUACCUGCGCUGAUAUAUGUCCUGAUUGAGCGGGUUUUGCUGCGGGCCAACACCCCAAUCAUGGGUUCCAGUAUCUGGGGUUUCCUUCUAUACGGAGCCGAAGCCAUCCGCGCGAAUAAGACCGCGCCGUACUUGGUCAUCAGGGGACAGCCUACCAUACCCACCUGGACGGCACCAAUUGCUGUGCUGCUGGUUGCCAUACUAGUGACACCCGGUUCUAGCGCCCUUGGGCACGCUUGCGGAUUGGGCGUGGGCUAUGUUUUCGGGUUGGGAUACCUCAAAUUCCUCGUACCGCCGGAUAAAGUUAUGCGGUUUAUCGAAACGAGGCUCAAACUGCGGUCAUGGUCUUCAUACUACGUGAGCGUGGACCAGAAGACCUAUGGCCGGGAGGGCGUGAUCCCAUUGACUACCUUGGUUCCGGUUGUUGGCCCUGGCUUGACGGGUAGCAACCAGAGGUUGGGGCCGACACCCGUGUAACGGGUGCCCCGUCAGUGCUUGGAAUAUUGAUGAGUGACGCAUGUAUGUAAUUAGACGGGGUAGCGGUUUGGGUUACGGGUAUGUGUUGUAAUGGCGACUUUAGUUCUGCUUCGUUAUUUGCGAC